ACACGCGUUUCCAACUUCGGUUGGUGUGUGUCGAAGAACCCAGCAGCAUCCUGACGGCGACCUGAGGAAGGGAGCCCAUCCGAGGCGGUCCACCGGGCCUCGCCGAGGUCCGCUGCGCGACUGCGGUCCGGAGCUUCUCCGGACCGCGGUCACCAGUGGACCAUCGCGGGCCAGGUGUGGGACCCCGUCAUCCUUCCCGGCUUCGCAGAGGGGUCCUCGAGUGGUGAGUAUGCGGAAUAAGCGUGUUUUGAGGACCCGGAGGAGACGCCGACCACGAGGGGCCCAGGAUCCAGGGCACCCUCCCCAGAGUGAGCCAACACCUGGGAGGUCCCCUCCUACCACCACCAUGGCUACCGGGGGUUUCGACUGCCCGCCCCCUCCUCCUCCUCCUCCCCCCAACAACAACAACAACAACAACAAGCCCAAGAGCCCCUGCGUGCCCAACAACAACCAGCGCCGCCGCCGCCGCCAUGGUGAGAUCUCUGGAGAGAGCAGCGGCUUCAGAGAACAGCAGGUGGUCAGACCGACCAUGAGGAACAACAGCCUGCACACCCAGGUGGAGCUCUUCCCAGGCCACAACGGCAGUUUCGGCAAUUUCGGCAGUUUCGGCAACUUCGGCAAUUUCGGCAAUCUCCGCAGCCCCCGCAGCCCCCGCAGCCCCCGCAGCCUCCGCAGCCUUCGCAACCUUCGCAGCUUUCGCCACCUUCGCGAUCACGUGGAAGUCGAAGUUGAACCAGAACCUCAACACAUUCACUUCCGCUUCCGCCUAGAAGACAAUGACGAUGACCUUGCGCUCCAGGGUGCUGCGGCGGCCGCUGCUCCAACCAUCUUCUUUGACGACGACUGCCUUGAAUUCCUCCCUGAGAAGUUUGAUGGCAACCCUGACAAUCUGAAUUACUUCAUUGCCCAGUGCCAGACCUUCAUGGAGAGGAGCAACAGAGAUUUCUCUGCUGAUCGUAUCCGUGUAUGCUUCGUGACAAGCAUGCUGACCGGCCGAGCCGCCCGCUGGGCUUCUAUUAAGCUGGAACGAGCCAGUUACCUGAUGAACAACUACCGUGCCUUUAUGAUGGAGUUGAAGCAAGUCUUUGAAGACCCUCAGAGACGUGAAGCUGCCAAACGCAAGAUCAGACGUCUGCGCCAGGGCUUGGGAUCUGUUGCCGAGUACGCCAACUCAUUCCAGAUGGUUGCCCAGGAUCUGGAUUGGAAUGAGCAUGCUCUAAUUGACCAGUUCCUUGAAGGCCUCAGCGAUGAAAUUCGUGAGGAGGUGUCUCGCCACGAGCUCCCAGACACCCUCUCUGCUCUGAUCAGUCUAUCCAUUCACAUUGAGAGAAGACAGGCCCGCGCUGCUGCUGCUGCUGCUGCUGCUGCUCGCAAGCCUCGACCUGAUCCACCCAGGGCCCUGGUGAUGCCUCAGAACCGCCAGUCUGAUCCUACUGAGCCUGUGGGAGGUGCCCGCAUGCGCCUGACCCAGGAAGAAAAAGAAAGACGCCGCAAACUGAACUUAUGUCUAUACUGCGGCAGUGGAGGCCACUACGCUGAUAACUGUCCAGCGAAGGCCUCCAAAAAUUCACCGUCGGGAAACUCCCCGGCCCCGCUGUAGAGGGACCUUCAGCGACCGGGCCAGACAGAAUAAGGUCCCCACCCCCCGAGGCUUCGACUCCGCACCUGCAAGUGAUGCUCCAGAUCCAUAUCCCGGGCCGACACACCCUGUUUGUCCGAGCUAUGAUUGAUUCUGGCGCAUCCGGCAACUUCAUCGAUCAAGACUUCGUCAUCCAAAAUGGGAUUCCUCUAAGAAUCAAAGAAUGGCCAAUCAUGGUGGAAGCGAUAGAUGGGCAUCCUAUAGCCUCGGGCCCAAUUGUUCUAGAAACACACCACCUGAUUGUUGACCUGGGUGACCACCGAGAACUACUGUCUUUUGAUGUGACUCAGUCUCCGUUUUUUCCCAUUGUCCUGGGAAUUCGUUGGCUGAGCACACACGACCCUCACAUUACCUGGAGCACCCGCUCCAUUGUCUUCAACUCUGAUUACUGCCGAUUUCGCUGCCGGGUGUAUUCCCAGAUACCUCCUGCUCUGCUGCUACCACCUUAUCCUCCACAUCCACCGUUCUUCUACCACGUGGAUGGAUACAGAGUUUUCCACCCUGUGAGGUAUUACUACGUCCAGAAUGUCUACACACCUGUGGAUGAGCACGUCUACCCGGGUCACCGGCUGGUUGACCCCCACAUAGAGAUGAUCCCUGGAGCUCACAGCAUUCCCAGUGGACAUGUGUACUCGUUGUCUGAAUCUGAAAUGGCUGCCCUGCGAGAAUUCGUGGACAGGAACGUGAAGAAUGGACUCAUGAUUCCGACCGUCGCUCCCAACGGAGCCCAGGUCCUGCAAGUGAAGAGAGGGUGGAAACUCCAAGUCACCUACAAUUGCAGAGCCCCACACAACUGCACAGUCCAAAAUCAGUACGUUCGCAUGACUCUUCCAAACAUGGCAGACCAUGCACACCUGGCAACCUAUGGUGAAUUUGUCCCUCACAUUCACGGGUACCACCACCAUCAUCACCAUAUCCCUGUCUAUGCCUACGCAGGUCAUCAGGUGAUGUUUGCAUGGCACCCAGUGGGACGAGAUAUACAUGGAAGAAUGAUCCUCACCCCUGUUGUGAUCACCUGGUGUCCACAUUGGUACCGCCAUCAUCCUCAUCCGGUACCCCAGUAUCCUCCUCCGCCGCCGCCGCCACCUCCGCCGCCGCCUCCUCCGCCGCCACCUCCACCACCUCCAUCCUACAGUACCCUGUAAAGACUGUCGUGACCUUCGGAGUGUCUCUGCCCUCAACUUUGACCUGUGCAGCUUCUCAAUCAAUGACUGUGUGCUACUGGAUCUUCAGACCACCUGAGGCACAAAGGCACGCAGGGCUAACGUCAGUUUUCCAUCUUGACUGCCAGUUAGUAAUUUGACAUCUCAAUUGCAGACUGGCUAAUUUCUUUACGGAGAAGCUGAUGCAAACACAGGACCUGCUGAUUUCUUACAGAGGGGAGGAGAGGAGGAGGAAGGACACGACCUGCCCGCAUCCUAGGACGGGCACCUUAUGAAGGAAGCCAGACUUUCUGGUGCAGCAUGGAAAGGCUUCCGCGAUUAACUUGCUGCACCCUCCGGAACUUCGCCGACUUCAGACUCCAUUUGUCUAACCUCUUUGUUUUGGUUUGAUUCUGCUGCCGUUCACCCUGCUGCAGGAUUUGUCACCUUCCUGCCUGACUGCUGAGACUCAGUCUCUAGUUCAGUUCGAGCAGUAGGACACAACAUGGCUUUUUGUCUUCACGGCGAAGUUUUCCUUUUCCAUCAACAUCAUCUCUCCCCUACCCUUGCAUGUUUAAGUAGUUUAGUAGAUUUUUUUUUUAAACAUUUUGUUUUCAAGUGUUGGCUAUGCUUUCAGAGUUUCCAUUGAAUUAGGAAGGACACAUACAAUCUAAAUUCUAUUAAUUGGGCCUUUAAAAUUCACAAAAAAGAUAUACAAUUGGAGGAACCCUGAUUGGCUAUGGAUUCCUGUUCGGUGGGACCAGAGAGCUUGCCAGUCAUCAUGUUUUACAUUAAUUACUUUUAAAUGGUGCAUUUGUGCUUCUGAUUUUUGUGAAGCGUCACUUCAGUUUACCUCAGAACUCAGUUUCAUCCUUCAUGCGUUUUAAUUGAUUUGAUCUUCAAGCUGCAGAGUGCCUAGAAAUGGGUCGUCUUCUGCAGCCCUGGCAUAGACACACGGACAUUUGCCACCACUGCAAGCAGAUAUCUGGAGAAGCUGACCACGACAGUCAGGGAGAACAUGCUGGUGUGGGCCCACAGCUCACAGACAACAGCCCUGACACACACUGGAUUGUUUGUUGAAGCUUGCUUAAUGACUUUUGGCAGUGUGUACUAUGCCCUAUUCCUAUAUACUAGCUAUAAGGGUUAGGUGUUAAGGAUAAGUACUCUUCAAUUUACUGGAAUUUUGUUAAGUUUCCUUUUAGUCUGUUAAGUUGUUAAGUUUCCUUUUGUUUUUCUUCUGUUGAUCAAAUUUACACUAAAUGUUCCUUUUUUCUUUUAUUUGGCAUUUCCAACAAAAAUGCCCUUAUUCAUUUAUUAGGAAGGAAAGAUAAGUUGGAAAAGGAGGAAAAUACAAGCUGACAAAAUUAACUAAUUGGCUGUGGGCCCAAAUUUUAAUUUUUCAUUAACAUCAUGAAGGGUCAGUUAGUUUGGUUUGAACCAGGAGGCAUUUGGCUGAGAUGCUAAUUUGAGAGGGGCAUCUGUAUAGUGCCAUCUAGAGUUGUGUUUAAGUUUGCAGGUCCCUCCUGGACUCCUGAACUGAUCUGGUUGUCGCGCAUCAUCAGCAUCCUGCAUCCCACCCAGUUCCGAGAUUGGCAAUGGAGAGCACCCUGUUGGAGAGGCCUGAACAUUCAUGAAGGACCACCUGCGGAAGAGAAGAGUCUGCAGGAACCACGCUACAUAUUCAGCUGGAGAGGGAACAUGCAUCUGAUGGGAAUGGAAGCUUUUGGUUGUUUCAGAUUGUAGAACAUUUUUUGAGUUGGUCUUGAACAUUGUAUUGUUUUUCUUUUUUUUUUCUAUAGUCAAUUAAUAGGGGAUACAUAGUCAUUAAGAAUUUUAGGCUGGGAGGGAUUAUUAAGUAAUCUUAGGUGGGUGGGUAAGUUAGGGUAAGUUAGGAUAAGUUAGGAUAAGAUAGGAUAAGUUAGGAUAAGUUAGGAUAAGUUAGGAUAAGAUAGGAUAAGAUAGGAUAAGUUAGGAUAAGUUAGGAUAAGUUAGGAUAAGAUAACAAUAAGUGGACCAGUGUACUUAUUUGUCCCUCUUACCCCUCCCUACAAUUUUACCUUUAAAAUUCUACUCUGAGCGAACUGCAGGGAAAUCAACAUUCUAUGAGUGAAUUAGACAUGGACAGAAUUCUAGUGGAAGUUCAAAGAUGAUUAGAUCAGUCUAAUAAAGGCCCAGGAAUUAUCUCCAGGGAUAGAUUGUGAGUAAAACUUUGAGAGGCAUAUUUGAGAAACUGUUUCUGGAAUAAAACUUGUAAUGCUGAAUGACAAAUAUUCAUGGAAAUUAUAAGAAUGUGAUGAAUAAAAUCUCUUGUUCUUUCCUUGUCAGUAGCUCUCCUCCCCUCCCCUCCCUAGCCCCACCCCUUCUUCCCUUCCCCUUCCCAACCCCACCCUUCAAACUAUAUUACUGUAUUCUCUUUACUAUAUUGAUGUUACAAUAGAAAUUCAAUAAAUAAAGACUUAGUGGUUAAGGCAAA